CCACCCAGACCAACGCGUUCCUUGGUCGCAAUUUGCUUGCACUUCUCUCGGUAAAGUCCAGCGUUAGGCCAUCCGAUCGCACAACCAAUAAACAGCAAACUAUGUCUGGAAAUGCCCAACGAGGAGUCUACGAGAGCAGCGCAGGGGACACCAACUUCCGCCGGAAAUGGGACCGUGAGGAAUUGGCAAAACGGGCUGCCGAGCGGGAAAAGAGCUCCGGGAAGGGUCAAAAGGGCAACGAGCGGGGACGGAGGGGUGGCAAUGCAGACGAUGAUGACGAGGAUGACGAGCCUGUGGAGCGGGGCUUGCUGCAAGCAAGGGAAGGCCCCAUCGACUUGACGAGUAAUCUGAACAAGACGCAGAUUGUACAGGCGUCAGGUGCCCAGCAACCGGGCUUCUACUGUAAAGUCUGCGACUGUACGGUAAAGGACAGUGUCAAUUACCUGGACCAUAUCAACGGGUGGAAACAUCAAAAGAACAUGGGAAUGUCGAUGAACGUGGAGCGCAGCACAGUGGAUCAGGUGAAAGCCAGAUUAGAAGCGUUGAAGAGGAAGGCAGCUGUUCCGGAAUUAGACUUUGAUGCAAGGAUAGAAAAGGCGAAAGAAGAGGAGGAGGAGGCGAAGAGGGCAAAGAAAAGGGAGAAGAAGGAGAAGAAGAAGAAACAAAAGUCGUCCGCAAGCGAGGAACCGGUUGAUCCGGAUGCGGAUAUGAUGGCUCUGAUGGGCUUUGGUGGAUUCGGCACCUCGAAGAAAUAACUCAUAACCAGCUGAUAGUUCUGGUGCAAAUCUGAGAACGCUGGCAACGGCUGACCCUUACGGAUUCCGUGCUGCGUUCCUUGCGAGAAGCGCAUAUCAGGUUCCAAGGCCGCUUCCUUCGUCCCUUCGCAUCGAUCCGCUCUGCGACACGUGGAAGCAAAGCGCUAGGCGGACUUGGGCCUUUUGUGUGGAAGGAGGUGGGGCAAGUGCAUAGUGGCAACGCAGGAAAUGGGUUAUGUAUUUCUCCACCCGCUCUAUCCGUCGCUCUACAUCCACCGACCGGAUU